AUGCAUGAGUCAUGAAACGGUUUGGCUGCGGCCUGUGGCUGCAAUAUUUUUUUGCAACAAAUAGAGACGAGUUUAUGUCUUAUUCCAGUGUCCCAGUAAAAUGGACCAUACAAGAGUGAACGUUGUAUCCGACUUUAUCAAAGGUGUCAUAUUUGGAGCCGCGUUGGGCGAUGCAGUUGGUCUGGCCACUGAGUUUAUGAACAAGGAUAAAAUACGGAUUCUGUAUGGGGUCGGUCCAAUCAAAUUUGGAAAAUCCGAAGGCCAUGCAUUUUGGAGGGAUUUCCACAGAAGAAGAUGGCAUGACAAUGAUUUCACUGAUGACACGGAUCAACUCCUCCUCAUCCUGCAAUGUCUCUUACAUUCAAAUGGCAUCCUCAUUCCUCAACAUUUCGCUUACCGACUGAAAGAAUGGGUAGAAAUUGGUUUUCCCGAAUUGGAUAAAGUCGCGGCCGGAAUUGGUCUAACCGUCGGAUCGACACUACGUCAUCCUGACUUCCUCUCUAACCCAAGUAAGGCAGCGUUCCAAAUUUGGGAACAAUAUGAUCGAAAUAUGGCUGCAAACGGAGCAGUGAUGCGAACCUCUGGGAUCGGAAUACCCUAUUUUUGGAGUGAAGAGAAAGUUGUUACAAAUGCGAUAAAUUGUGCAAAGGUAACCCACGCUGAUCCAAGGUGCGUAUUCAGCAGUGUUGUUGCCACCGUCAUUAUUUCCAGGAUGUUAUCCAGAUCUUCUUAUAAUGAUGAGAAACUUAAUGUAUCCGAAUUCAAAGAUUUAUUUCGGACGUUAAUGGAGUCUGGUUGUACGGACGAUAAUAAAGAGCACGAUGCUGUGCCAAGCAUUGAACCUAAGCCAAUUAUUAAACAAGAGCCGGUGAAGACUUCCCUAAUUUCCAAACUUAAAACAAUGUUCACAGGUAAUAAGGAUCCACGACUCCAACAUAAAUUCCCCCAAAAUUGGCCGCUCCACAAGGAGCCAGACAACUCUCGAAUGAAUAAUGAACCCAUUAACAAUGUCACAUCCGCGACGGAUAAUUUUGGUUGUGACCCGGACUUGGUUCAAUUGAUUAACGAUGUCGUUGAGGACUACAGGUUUUUGCUGAGGGAAAGCACACCUCUUUCCACCGAGGAGAAAGGGAUUGAAUGGGAGGGAGACAUGGAGAAAUAUUGCUUGAACAUGUCUUCCAAAAAACUCAAAGACUUUGAGUUAGAUGAGCCCAAAAGUAUCGGGUACACUUUUAAAUGUUUGGGGUCAGCGUUGUUCUGUUUUUCAAGAAAAAUUCCAGACAAUUUUACUCAUGGAGAUUUCUUUACGCAAGUUAUUACCGAUUUGACCUUAGAAGGUGGUGAUGCAGAUACGAAUUGUGCGGUGGCUGGUGCCUUCCUUGGGGUUCGAAUGGGAUACUCAGGAUUGCCUAAAAAUUGGAAAAAGGAGGUGCGAAACUUCGACUUUCUAGACGGAAUUUGCAAUGAUUUGCACAAUAUGAUGAUUCAACUAAAACAAGAGACAUGAAUUAUCGAAAUUAUUUAUAUCGCUUUAUAAGUGAUCAGUUUUAUUUUAACAUCAUUAAAAUAAUUUUGUAGAAUUUUGUAUGGAUGAUUGUAAAGGCCGUGGCCACAUCAGUCCAGCAUUAAUGAAUUCACCUAUCUAUGUAUGUACCUUUCUACUUAUUCUAAAUAUGUAAUACAAAAGUUUAUUUAUUUCCAAAUGUAUGGAUUAUCAAGCUUUUGUCGUUAAUUAACAUAUAUAUUUAUUUGACUAAUUAAAGAUACGUAGUUAAGUGUGAUACUAUCUUCGACACGUUUAUUAAAAUUUUAAAUUAUACGUAUAAUUGUGUAUACGGGUGUCAUUAAAGGACCCAUAAUGUAUUGUUUGGAUUAAAGCAAUGCUGGUCCAACGUAUGUAUAUACAUAUUUACAUAUGUAUAAUGUAUGUAUGUAUAACGGUAUGGGACUUGUUGUUAACAUAAAAAAUAUGUAAAUAUUCAAUCAAGUAAUGAGAAAUCAAAUACAAAUGAGUACUAUUAAUUUUGCAAUCAAUCAAUAA